GAACGAGCGAGCAAGCAACCGAGUGUGGGAGGGGAGGCUCGUGCGCCGGCGAGCAAAUCGUGUGUCAGACUCGUGGCAGAGGGGUCAGCGCGAGAGAAAGAACGACACGAAUCGAAUAUUUUCUGGACUUAGCGGGAACGUGAAUUAUCCGCGGAAGGAUGAACGACAUGGAAGCUUACGGGGACGGAUACAUGGAGCCAGAGGAAGAAUGGGAGAGAGAAGGUCUUUUGGACCCGGCUUGGGAAAAGCAACAGAAAAAGACAUUCACAGCGUGGUGCAACUCGCACCUUCGUAAAGCAGGAACCGCCAUUGAAUCAAUCGAGGAGGACUUUAGAAAUGGGUUGAAAUUAAUGCUGCUGCUCGAGGUAAUUUCUGGUGAGACUCUACCAAGACCGGACAGAGGCAAAAUGAGGUUCCACAAGAUCGCGAACGUGAACAAAGCUCUUGAUUACAUUGCUAGUAAAGGUGUAAAAUUAGUUUCGAUCGGAGCAGAGGAAAUUGUGGAUGGUAAUCUGAAGAUGACACUGGGUAUGAUUUGGACCAUCAUCCUGCGAUUUGCUAUUCAGGACAUUUCUGUGGAAGAGAUGACUGCUAAAGAGGGACUUUUGCUGUGGUGCCAACGUAAAACUGCACCGUACAAAAAUGUCAAUGUCCAGAACUUCCAUCUGUCCUUCAAGGAUGGCUUGGCCUUUUGCGCCCUCAUUCAUCGCCAUCGUCCUGAUUUGAUCGAUUACAAUAAACUUAGCAAGGAUAAUCCUUUAGAGAAUCUGAACACUGCCUUCGAUGUUGCUGAAAAGUAUCUUGACAUUCCUCGUAUGUUAGAUCCUGAUGAUUUGAUCAACACACCCAAGCCAGAUGAGCGUGCAAUCAUGACGUACGUGUCCUGCUACUACCAUGCGUUCCAAGGUGCUCAGCAGGUCAAUAUGCGAAAUACAGCAAUGCCUGAUGAGAGAGCUGUGAUGACCUACGUUUCCUCGUACUACCACUGUUUUAGCGGUGCACAAAAGGCAGAGACUGCCGCAAAUAGAAUAUGUAAAGUUCUAAAAGUGAACCAAGAAAAUGAAAGGCUCAUGGAAGAAUACGAACGCCUGGCAUCUGAUUUACUGGAAUGGAUAAGACGGACCAUGCCUUGGUUAGCCAGUCGUCAGACCGAUAAUUCCCUUGCUGGCUGUCAAAAGAAGUUGGAGGAAUAUAGAACAUAUCGUCGUAAGCACAAGCCACCGCGGGUUGAGCAAAAAGCCAAACUCGAAACGAAUUUUAAUACUUUACAAACAAAGCUGAGACUGAGCAAUCGACCUGCUUAUAUGCCAACCGAGGGAAAAAUGGUCUCCGAUAUAAAUAAGGCUUGGAAAGGCUUAGAAUUGGCAGAGAAAUCGUUCGAAGAAUGGCUCUUGUCGGAAAUGAUGCGUCUGGAGCGUUUGGAGCAUUUGGCUCAGAAGUUUAAGCACAAAGCUGAUGCUCAUGAAGAAUGGACCGCAGGAAAGGAAGAGAUGCUUACGUCGCAACACUUCCGACAGUGCAAACUCAACGAGCUCAAAGCUUUGAAGAAAAAGCACGAAGCUUUCGAGUCUGAUCUUGCGGCUCAUCAGGAUCGCGUAGAACAGAUAGCUGCCAUCGCUCAAGAGCUCAAUACCUUGGAGUAUCACGAUAGCGCGUCCGUUAAUGCUAGGUGUCAACGAAUUUGCGAUCAGUGGGAUCGUUUAGGUACUCUCACUCAACGUAGGCGUCAAGCGUUAGACGAGGCUGAACGUAUUCUUGAAAAGAUCGACGUUCUACAUUUGGAAUUCGCUAAACGAGCUGCUCCGUUCAAUAACUGGCUGGAUGGAACCAGGGAAGACUUGGUAGACAUGUUUAUCGUUCAUACGAUGGAGGAAAUCCAAGGAUUGAUGGAUGCUCAUGCUGCGUUUAAAGCAACUCUCGGUGAAGCCGAUAAAGAGUACAAUUCUAUUGUGGGAUUAGUACGCGAAGUUGAAUCAAUAGUGAAACAGUUCCAAAUCCCCGGAGGCCUUGAAAAUCCGUAUACUACUCUAACUGCUUUGGAUCUUACGAAGAAAUGGAGCGAUGUCAGACAACUUGUGCCUCAACGUGACGGUACAUUGCAAGCGGAACUUCGUAAACAGCAGAACAACGAACUACUUCGACGACAGUUUGCUGAGAAAGCUAAUGCCGUUGGUCCAUGGAUAGAACGUCAAUUGGACGCAGUUACUGCUAUUGGUCUCGGUCUUCAGGGAACUCUGGAAGAUCAAUUACAUCGUCUGAAAGAAUAUGAACAGGCGGUCUAUCAAUACAAAGCUCAUCUUGAGGAAUUGGAGAAGAUUCACCAAGCUGUCCAGGAGGGAAUGAUAUUCGAGAACCGAUACACUCAAUACACGAUGGAAACAUUACGAGUUGGAUGGGAACAAUUGCUCACUUCAAUAAAUCGUAAUAUUAAUGAAGUUGAAAACCAAAUUCUUACUAGAGAUUCGAAGGGCAUCACGCAGGAACAACUCAACGAAUUUCGUAGUAGUUUCAAUCAUUUCGACAAGAAUCGUACAGGCAGAUUGGCUCCAGAUGAAUUCAAGUCCUGUCUCGUUUCUCUUGGUUAUUCCAUUGGAAAGGAUAGACAAGGCGACAUCGAUUUCCAACGUAUUUUGGCUAUUGUCGAUCCAAAUAACUCCGGCUACGUGCAGUUCGAUGCGUUCUUGGACUUCAUGACUCGCGAAUCUACAGACACGGACACGGCUGAGCAAGUUAUCGAUAGUUUCCGUAUACUUGCCGGAGACAAGCCGUACAUCUUGGCAGACGAACUGAGGAGGGAAUUGCCACCUGACCAGGCCGAAUACUGCAUUCAGCGAAUGCCUCCUUACAAAGGUCCGAAUACGCCUCCUGGUGCAUUGGACUAUCGUUCAUUCUCCACUGCUCUGUACGGUGAAUCAGAUUUGUAAAGAUACAUAUCAAAGAUGAAAAAUUUCCGGACAAAUUUUCCAUUUAAAAAAGAAAGAAAAGAAAAAAACAAAUCAAAUGUUCACAUGAAACGUUCGUCGCACGUUUUGGUACUUCAACAACUUCUUUCAUAAAUUAAGAAUUACAACGCGAUCAAAGAAUCAUUGACUAGCCUUAAGAUAAUAUGGUAUAAUAUUUCGGAGCGUUUGAGAAGGAAAGGCUCUAAUAUAUUUAUACUUGUCACGAGUGUUAGCAAUUUUUUAUCCGUGAUAUUUUUUUAACGUAAAGGAACCUGAGAGUUAUGUCGAUAAAUUUUGAUACGUCGAUAUUUGCUAGAAAACGUCUAUUCUCUAUCGCUAUAUCGUUGUACGAAGUAAAACGAAGUUGGUGGUCGACGUGGAAAGUGGUCGGUACUUAAAUAAGUCUGUACAGUGACAAUAAAUGUAUACACAAUUUAGAUACCUUAACGUUAAAAGAAUAGCACAAUCGAAUACAACAGGUUCUUCUAGAACGUUCGCUUCUUGCCUAUAUCUACGAUGAGUCCUAUAAUUAGUAAGUUAAUGUUUCAAUUGUAUAUAAACAUCUCCAAGAAGUCACACGAGUACCAAUAAUAGAGAAAAAUGAUAAACAUUUCCUUUUCGCAAGCGUCCCAGAAAAGGAGAGAACAGAAACUGUUCCAUAAAUGAAUAUUGUACUAAAAAAUGGGAAACGUGAUUAAACAGGUUAUUACGUACAAUUAUCGCGUGCGUCGAUAUUGCGGUCUUACAUGUAUUGUUAAAAAAGAAAAAAGGAAAAGAAUGUCACUUUAACGGGAGUAUUUGUAUAUUUUUCAGAACUCUGAAUCGUACUAUCUAAAGUUAUAAUUUAAUUUCGUUUCCGAGGGAGAAAAAGUUUGAUCUUUUUAAAAGAGACGACUGUUUCAGUUGUACCUAAAAAAAAAAAAAAAACGUGAUACGAGUGUCUCGCAGUUCCUAAAUGCAUAGAAUCGUGCAGAACGAUACGAGGGUCUCUAUUUUUUUCAUAAAACGAAGCAGAUACUCGAUUCGUAAGCGUAAGACGCAAAUCGAUGUUCGAAAAAAAAAUAUAUAUAUAUAUAUACGAAAAUUCAUAUUCACGCGUAUAUAAAUUAAGAAUAUUAAACGAUGUAAACGAACAUUUGAAAAAAAUCCGUGAGUACGUACGAACGACCUUCUCGCUAAGAAUCCAGAAAAUAUUACGCUCGAAAUCGAACACAAACGUUUCAUAUUUUUUUAUAACAAGCGGCACAACGAGAAAUCCUUGAAACGAGAAACGCCGCCUUUAUAUUUCGUAAACCGUGUAUUAAAUAAUAAUUAAUAAUAACGAUAAUGCGAAACGACGCUAAAGAGAGCAAAUUAUUUAUUUAUUUGAAUUAAACGAAUUAUUUAUUAUUGUUCCAAUAAAGUAAUUAAUUACGGUAGUGAAAACGAAGCCACUUUCUCAAAGUAUUUAUUUUUAUAAAUAUUUGACAGAAGUGAUAUAGUGAAAAGGCCACUGUAAUAUAAGAUCCGUCGUGUAAAAUUUGUCAAAAUAGCAAUCGCCAUCCUUUUUUGUGUCAUCUUUGUUAGAUCACAAUUUAUAUUCAGCAGCAUUGAAAUGUGUCAUUCAGUCGAAUCAUUGUCGUCCAAAUCAUUGUUGUUCCAAGGUCAUAGAAGAUGCUCGUGUGUGAAAUUGCAAUUGUCUGACAUUCGAGAAGAGAAAAGGGAAAUUAUACUGUGACUGUUUUUUUUUUUUCUUCGCUUGACAACUUAGUUUCGCUUCUUUAAUAUCUGUUUUAACGCGUUUUGCGAGUUCAGUUUAAUUUUCUCUUGUAUUUAUUUUUGUUAAAAAAGAAAAAGGAAAAAAAAAAGAAUAGAGGAAAUUCUCAUUGGGCAUCUUUUGCAGAAGUGAGCAACGGUAAAAAGAACUGGAAGGAAAGGUCUACUGAUCUACUGAACAGCGUAUGCUCAUAUGUAAACACACGGACACACAUGCAAACACACAUAACCUCACAUGCAAACAAGAUUGAGAUUAUGAACGAGUUCGUUCAUAGCGCGAUGAAUUUAAAAACAAAUACAUAUGUGUAUGUAUGAUCGGAGGAAAAGAAAUCAUUUUGAAAAUUUUCGAUUGCGUUCAUAUCGUAUUAUGUACAUGUAUACAUUCUCAUUAAUAAUCAAUCACAUAUACGCAUAACUUGUAACUCUUAUAAUUUUAAACCAAUUAAUUAAUUGUAAUUUGUACAAUUCUCAAUUUGACUCAGAGCUCGACAGAAUCGUAUUCGUAUUUGCAUAUUUACACUUGUCGACUUCUAUUUUUUUUUUUUUUUUUUUUUCGUUUUGUCAGUUUCAUCUUCCUCGGCUUUUAAUUUAAUAACGAAAAGCAUUGUGAAAUCAAAUUGCGAGAAAAUGAAAAAAAGUGAGAGAGAGAAAGUGAGAGUGAGAGUGCAAAUAAGAAGAAAUUUUGUAUUGAAAAAAGCGACAAGAUUGGAUAGUUGUUUUUAACGUAUCCUAAUAUGCGUCAUAUCAAGUGGGCGAUAUAAUAAAAGAAUAUAAAUAAAAAUUUCUAACAGUGUGGUUAAAAA